CUACAUUCAUGCUCUCUCUCGUCGGAUUUGGUAUCGUCCGCGUUCUCUCUGAGCGUCGCGUGAGUUCUAAGCAGAGAAGGUAGAGAGAGAAGCAGAGAUGGAUCCAGACGCAGUGGCCAAGGCUUUCGUGGAGCACUACUACACGACUUUCGAUGCCAACCGAUCCGGCCUAGCCAACCUGUACCAGGAGGGCUCGAUGCUUACCUUCGAGGGCCAGAAGAUUCAGGGUUCUUCGAAUAUUGUGGCCAAGCUUACUGGUCUGCCCUUCCAGCAGUGCCAGCACAGUAUCUCUACCGUCGACUGCCAGCCUUCUGGUCCCGCUGGUGGUAUGCUUGUAUUCGUCUCCGGGAACCUACAACUUGCCGGGGAGCAGCACGCCCUCAAGUUCAGCCAGGCGGAAGGGACGUUGUGUCUUUUAUGACUGGAGCAAAGUUGAGUUUAUACAGUGUUUUGUGAUAUGUUCCAUUUGAUGCCAACGCCGCAGGGAAGCUUUUACGUGUUCAACGACAUAUUCCGUUUGAACUAUGCUUGAGGACAAGAUGCACCACGGACAAAUCAAAAUGUGGUCAACAUGUCCAGAUAUAGUCCAGUUUGCUCAUCUUUGUUCAGUUUCCGAGACAUUUAUAAAGAAAAAUGGGAUUUUGGUUCAUUGUUUUCUUUGUUUCAUUGUGCAUUCGUGCUAUCCAUAUAUUGGGGAUUGCUUUGUGAUGAUUGGUUGAACUAAUGAAAACGCUCUCUUUGGUUACUGUUUGAAGGGAUCGGAGUUUGAAAAGUUAAUUUAAGCUGGAAGUUCUUCUUACUUUA